AUGACAGCGAGCGUGGCUUGCUGCGUCUGCGGCGGCGGGGUGAACGGGUUUUCCACCACGACGGAGACGAGCUCUCGGACCACCAGCACCACGUCUUCGUACUGCGUGGACUGGAGGCCUGCUUCAGAAGACCACUGGUACGUCGGGAGCACGAGCCAGGACUGCGGCUACCUUGCGUACUUCUGCCAGGACAGCAUCGCAUCCGUGCCCAGCUUCGGGCAUACUGCCUCAGAGGCCUGCUGUUAUUGCGGCGGCGGGACGGGUUACACCUCCACGCAAAUCACGCUCACGAAUACUACCAGCAGCAGCACCUCGUUCACGAGCAGCACAACGGGUGUCACCGACACGUCCAGCUUUUCCUCUUCCACCACGUUCACGUCAUCAACUUCCUCUACGUCUACGACCACGCACUCGUCGACCACUGGCACCACUGCCUCCACUCUUACACGCUGUGAGGAUUGGGUUCCUCUGAUGGUCGGGCUUUCGGAGUCCGCGUGGUACGACUCCACGGGGCCAGCAUUCGGGUGCGAUUUUUACGAGGCGCACGGUCUUUGUGGCACGGGGGAGGACUUUGAGAAUUUCGAUCGGACGGCGGACGAGGCAUGCUGCGCGUGCGGCGGCGGGGUGAACAUCGCGUCGACCACCACCGGGACGUACACGACCACCACGCGGUGUGUCGACAUGGUCCCCGCCGGAGCAGGAGGCUACUGGUACGAUUCCAGGGGGACACUGUACAAUUGCAGGUUCUAUGCCCAUGCCGACUUCUGCACCAGCGAGGGCGCCCUGUAUCCAAAUUUCGGGUACACAGCACAGGAGGUCUGCUGCGUGUGCAGCGGCGGCACUGGCAAGACCGCGACCAACACGACGUCCACCGGGAGCUCAACGUCCACGGCCAUCACAAUCACUGCAACGAUCACAUCCACCUCCAGCCACACGGUCACCACUUCUGGCUCCACGACGUCGAUGACGGUAACGUCGACGACGGGGAGCGUCACGUCGUCGGCCAGCGCAACCACUUCCAGCCGUACUUCGUCAACCCUCAGCUUGUCGAGCUCGACCAGCGUUACUGCCGUGUCCAGCACGUCCAGUCGGUCCAACACGUCCACGAGCACGUCGGCCACAACCUCGUCGACCUCGGGCACGCUGACGACUCUGGCUCUCUGCGCUGAUUACGUUCCCGAGGAUGCGGACAAGUGGUACGACUCGCUCGGGGCGGAGUACGACUGCAAAUGGUAUGCCACCGAUGGUGGCGGUGACUACUGUGGAGAGUUUGGCUCGGUGCAGAGCCUGAACUUCAACAGGACAGCACGCGAGGCCUGCUGCGCGUGCGGUGGCGGGGUCCGCUACACGCAGACUACCACGGUCACGAGAACCUCGACCACCGAGUGCUUCGAUUGGCAGCCGAGCCCUCAGGUCGAGAAAGCAAACUUGGCAGGCCCGUGA